UACACCGGAAUUGUUUACAAAUUUGUUACUUCCUAUCUAAGCACAUGGUCCUUUGUUAGAAAUUAUGGACGAAAGGCUACAAUCCGACGAUGAUUCAGAAAAUAAUUUAAAUUACAGCAGUGAUGAUAGUUUAUACGGUAAUACAGAUGUUGCGAUCAAAGUUCAAUUGAGGCGGAUGAAGAAGAUAUUAUCAAUUAUUUUACAUGACACGGAAUGUUAUAAUGAGUUCCUUUCAACUAUAGAUGAGGAUGUAUCAACCGACGAGGAAUUUCAAUGGCUGGAAGACAUUUGGUGUGAGCUAGCUAAAAAAAACAAUUUAUCUUACGAGAAAAAUACACGAGGUGUUCCACAAAAACUAGAGUUUCUUUUGCGCGAAUGUUUAUUGAUGCACCGUUGGCAUGAGUUAGCGCAGAUACUAAGUAUUUCUCACCAGGAGUCGACUUGUGAUUUGAAACGUUCUGCGGUGAAAAUUGGCUUUGAACUUCUAUAUUCUAACCCGUUGAAAGACCGAUUGAAUUUUAUCGAGCGAAUGGUGAAGUUAUUCUGCAUGUUCGCUAGAUCGGAGGUAACACACAGCGAUAUCCAACUUGAACAAUUAUGGUAUCAACUGCAAAACAACAGCAUCGAUGAAGCUAUUCAAGAAUUACAAUCUGUUGCUCUUUCUUCAAGACAAAUUGUUUCUGUGUCAAGAAAUGUUACCUACAAUAAGGCACUUUUUCUUGCUUAUCAAGGUCUUAUUUGGUAUCUUAAGUGGCUUGAUACUAGAAAGUCCAAGAUGAAGUCUGAUUCUGCAGAAAUUGAAUCUGGAACCAUUAAUUUUGCUCUUGACUCACAGAUGACUAAAAUGCUCUCAUGCUUUUCAGCAGUUACAGUGAAAGAAAAUAUUGCUGUGAGAGAUAUUUUUAUAAAGGCUGAAAGGCAUGCUCUUGAAAUGAAUGAAAACUUUGAAGCUGUUGAAAAAUUACUCAAAGACUAUUGUUUAUCUAAUCCUGAAAAUCCUAAUUCUCAUAAAUUUUAUUAUGAUUUUCUUUGUCAAACAAAUGCAUGUGAACAGAAAAAGGUCAAAGUCUUGAGGAAUUUUGUAAAGUAUGUUCCUUCUGAUCCAUUGGUGUUAACAUUGUGUGAUAUGAUUUCAGAUAAUUACGGUGAUGUUCUGAAAUAUCUAUUUGAUUUACUGGACUAUAGCUGCUGGAAGACAAUGGUUGAUCCUUGGUCAAGGCUAGCCAAAUUACUGGAGACUCUUACACAAACAUAUGACACUGACACCUUUAGUUCUGAAGUGGAAUCUGUGUGGUCUGAUCGAAAGAGUUGGUGGCCAAGUUAUCAUUUUACCCCUCUGUCUAUAGCAAAAGAAAAUGAAAUUAUUUUAUAUAAAGCUUUAGUUGCCAUCUUCCUCCCAGACAAACAACUUUCUGAAUACAUUAAUAAUGUUAAAUGCUCAGUUAAUCCACAGAAACAGACCAUAAUUUCUGAAGCUGAAGCCACAGUUUUCAAGAAAAUGAAACUUUAAAACUU